AUGUUCAUGAUGAUUCCGCCUAUCGACUUCCAGGCACAAUUUACUCCGAAGAUCUACAAGUCAGCAGCUCGACACUCAACUAUUUACAGUACAAAUGCCGUCGCCAGCGUGCACCAUGGAUCAUCAUCAUCCUCCUCACCAUCGGAUUGUCUUGCCCAGCUCGAGGAAGCGAGAAGUAUGGCUUUGAAAGCACAAGGCAAAAUACAGCUUCUUUGGAUCGCAUCGACAGACAACAAGUCACCUGCACGAUCGGUGUUGCCAAGUCUGAGUUUUGGAGGCAGAUCAAAUGACACUUUUCGUCGCUUGCAGCGCCUGGCUGACAAGCUCAACCAAUAUCUCAGUUCCUUGCUCAGUACAAACCUGAAAUUCGAAUACAGUGGCACCUUCAAACUCAAUAUUGCGUCCAUCAUUAUCAAACAUGAACAGAAGCGUCUAGCGCAUUUCCUUGAUGUGUGGUAA